AAUUCAUUGAAUGAACCAAAAUAUUUUUUCAUCAUUUUUUACUCUUUCUGUGCAAUCAACAAAUUGUUUAUUAUUUAUUUUAUGAAUUGUAAUUAAUUAUCUGUGUUUCUCUAACGAACGAGAAAUGUUUACCAAAAGACAGCAAAAUCCUGUUGAAAAAUCGGUCCAAAAGGUUUUGGAUGAAAAAAAUGAUUGUUUUAAUCGGUUGAAACAUAUGAGGAUCAUUUUAGAAAAUUAUGAUUUACCUGAAGCAAAAGCCUUUUUCCAAGCUCACUUUCAUCAUAUUUAUUUCAUUUUCUUCAACGCAUUCACUACACAAGAAGCUCUAUCAAAACAAAAAGGUCAAAAGCAAAUCAGAGAAGAGCAUACAACUUUAUAUGAACCAAUUCUCUACCUAUUUGAGAAAAUUCUUACUCUUCUUCCUGAGCAAAUUGAAAGAAAAUGGCAAUUCCAUAGUGUGAUUCAUGUGAUGAAAAAGUUACUUAAUCCUGGAAACAGUUUCAAAAUUCGACAAGAAGGUAUUCGUCUAUUCCUUAUUUGGUAUCAAAUUAUUGGAGAAACAAACGAUGCAACUUUAGAUAAUCUAUUCGCCAUAUUGGUCCCUGGAAUAGUACCCAAUUCGUCUAAUUUUUUUGGUUCUAAUAAACAAUCAGGAGAUUGUGAACAUUUAGAAAAUUCAGCUUUCUAUGUUGAUCAAACUUCCACAAAUGAUGGAAACUCAACAGGUGGUGAUUCAUCUAAUUAUCGAUCAACUUCCGCUUUCAAUUCCUGUGAUAACGAACCUCUGAUUCCAGCACCUCAAAGUGAACCCAAAGAGCCCAAGAAUUAUUAUUUCCUCCAAUAUCUUAUGGACUAUUUGGUAUCGCAAGUUUCUCGAGUCUAUUGGAGAGAACCCAAAGAAUAUAAACAGAGGAAGUGUUUUAAUUUUCUUUUCGAAAAAUUUAAAACAAUUUAUCUACCUCAUCUUUUUCCAAAUUUGGAUACAAGUUUCUCUAUCUAUGCACCGACUCUUGAAGUGCCAACACUUCGUAAGCCAGAUGAAGAAGCGGCCAAAGAUCGUUUAGCGCCUUUCAAGUGUGUUGUCAUUUUGUGGUUGGCAAAAUACAUGAGAGAUGAAGAGAAAGAGGUUGCCCGUCGACGUAAUAGUUACGAUAAUUUACAAAUUGGUCAGAAUAAGGUUCAAUCAACAGGUUCUUUAUCAUCUCAUGAAUCAAAUUCUGAAUGGCGUGAGCCAACUGCUUUUGAUUAUGAUUUAGUACGAUCAACAUUUUGCUCAACCCGAGCAAACAUUAAUCUAUUGCAUCAAAUUUUUCGCCAAGCCUUUUUAAUGCCUUUCCAACAAGCCAGUACAAUGAACAUUGUAGUUUCAGUUUAUCGUAAUUGGAUCUUAUGUACAAACGAUGUACCCACCUUCAUGAAAGAUCCCUCAUCAACCACCGAGGAGUACAACAAUCAUGAAAACGAAUCAAUAAAGGCUGGACCUUCCGCUUUGUAUCGCGUUUUCAUCGCCAAUGCCGCUAAUAUUUUUCUUCUUCAAGUGCCUUCAGAUGAACCUAAACUUCUUGAUGAACAGGUGGAAAUGUGCAAAAGAGUUUUGAAUACAUGGAGAUACAUGUUGAUGGAACUUGAAAUGAACAAGUGUACCUGGGAAUUGUUACUUUCUGUAUUACUGAGAAUAACAUCGUUUUUAUAUAAGGAAAAGGUUCCUCCACGAAAGGAAGACUCUCUUGGUGGACGAUUAGCACCCGCUUUCUUCCAGACUUUGGUUGUUGGUAUGAUAAAAGCAAAUCUGGAAGCCUACAUAUCAGCAAAUCUUUGGGAGCAAUUUCAAUCAAUUCUUACAACAUUAACUCAAUGGGAAGAGUUAAUUAAAGACUGGAGUAAAAACAUGGAAUCGUUAACCCGAAAUGUCUCAUACCAUGUUUACCAUAUCAAUUUACACGAUUUACCCUUGGAAAGGUUAAUCGACAAAAGAAAAAGGACCCAAAAAGGUUCGAAACCAUUUCUACCUUCUCGAUCUUCCAAAGAUCCAAAGAAAUCAUCUUCUUCUCGUUUAGAUGGUUCAGUUUCAUUUUCGCCGGGAAAAAACUCUAAUAACAAUAGUUCAACAACCACCUCAACAGCAACAACAACAAUCAACGCCUCGGCUAAUUUUGCACUCAUUAAGCGGCCGACAUCUGAAAACAUGGACUCAACACCUUUACAGCAACGAACCAAAUCACGACUUGCCGCUUUUGCUGAUAGUUACUUUACUCCCACAUUGACCAACAAUUUGCCAAUUAAACUUGCCAAUCAUAAUCGUGGUCUUGUCCGCAGUCCAAGUGACAGUCAAUUAUUAGCCAGGAAAAGAUCAGUAUCUCGUAAACGGACUCAAACUAACAACAUGGUGUCAACACCUUUAUCGUCAAAAUUUAACGGGUUUUCCAGGUCACUUUCUGUAACUUCCAGGAGUAAAUCUCUUGAUCUUUUGUCAACCAAUUUGACCGAAUCUCCAUCUUCAUCUCAAUCAUCCGUUUACCAUUUACGAUCCCCGUCACCAACACCUUCCAGUGGUCUUGAUGCCAACAGCCUUAAAGAUUCACCUUGUCACAUUGAACAUAGUUCGUUAAACAGUAACAAUAGUAGUUUAUCAUCAACUGGACACUCGGUGGCCGCUGGUGGACCACAUCGAGGUUGGUCAGCUGAAAGCUCUUUCAUAAUUUGGCGUCGGAUGCUUGGAUCUCUUGGCGAUGUCAAUCAAAUUAAAGAUCCACAAUUACAUUAUCAAGUGAUGGAAUGCCUUUCAAAUAUAAUCGAUAUUUUUUUAAUCAUCCGAGACAAUUUAGGAGUUUCAAUUGACAAUUUAUCUACACCACCUCCACCAACCUAUGUACCACCUUUUCACUUUUUCGCUUCCUGGUUAUUUGAAACUCUCCAAUUGUCUAAUCAUUACCGAAAGGGUAAAACUAUUGCAUACAAAUUACUUUGCUUAAUUGCUAUUCGAAUGCCUGAAAUUAACACAUCAAAUGAGUUUCUAUCAUUAUUUUACUGUUCAAUCCACCGAGCUCUACAUACCAAGGAUUUGGAAACUCUAUGUACAAUUAUCAGAUACUCUGGUGUCAAAUUAUUUUCUUCUAGUCUGAAGGGAUCUUCAGUUCUUUUGCUUGAUUUUGUUCAUGCCUGUGAAAUCAUUGUUAAUGCCAAAGAAUCAAAAGAUUUCAAUAUACCAAGAUUCGAGGCAUUAUCAAUGUUGGGUACAUUAUUAUCUCUCACUGAUGUUUGUCGCAAUUUAAAAGUUCUAGAUCCAAACUCUAGCGAACCGAUUCUCAUCGAUUGUGGUAUUAAUACAAAAGAAUUAAUCUUGAAAAUCUUAAUGGGAGCUCGAAAACAAGAGCAAACUGAUUUAGCUCGAUGUGUUGUUCUUAAUUGUCUUGGAAUUAUUGUUUACCAGGAUUUAAAAAAUCGUAAUCGUAACAUGUCCAAUAUACUUCCAGAAAUUGUCAAUAUUUUCAUCGCUGAAACAAGGUUUAAUAAUAGAUAUUUAUCCAGAGUAGCUUGUGAUAUGCUGAAAUUACAAACGGAUCAUAUUAAUUUUCUCGCUGAAGCUUAUCCCUCAAUUCCCAAACAAAUUGUCGAAGGACUAAUUUUUUCAAUCACUAAUCAUUUAACUAUGGUCAGGGAGAGUAACUCUUUUAAAGAUUAUCGAAAUUUACUCCUUAGCUUACUUAUGUGCCUUGGACAGUGGUGCCUUUGUUUACCGCGGAAAAUAUUAUUCAGCCCAAUUAAAUCGGAUCAAAGUCCUUUAACUUUAUUUCUUAUAAUCCAAGUAUUAAAUCAUGUCAUAUCAGAAUUAAACUGUGAUAAUUCAUCAACAAAGACAACAAUUAACAAUCCCAGACGCAUGGAAUCAGAUAAUAUUGGUAACAGUGGUUUAAAUGCCGCAGGUAAUGGUUUGGAUGGUGAUUUUGGCUUCCAUCAACCACCAUCAUUCAGAUCAAACUCUGUUGAUCCAUUUUCAGAUAAAUCUAAAAACGAUGGAUUAGUUAUUCAAUUGGCAGCGAAAAUGAUUCUUGGCCACAUUUUAUAUUUUCUUGAUCAUUUUCCACUUCCAACCAUUGGAGCUCCUCGACUUUCAUCUUGUAUUAAUGAAGCAGAUGACAACUGUUUCAUUCCGACGAAAGCAGAUCAACCCGAUCACGAACAGCAAGAACUAACAUCGGAUCUUUUCAAUGCUCCUAAUGUACUUGUUUGUAUGGUCAAUAAUUCAUCGAUCGUCUCUUUUGUUGACCUUAGUUGUGGUGCUUCCAAUGAAAACGCUCUGAGAAAUGCUUCUGCUAAUUUAAUCAAAAACGAUCCUUACAUUAGAAUAAUUGUUCGAGACGUAAUUGGAAAGUUCACUUGGGACUGUUGUCCAAUUUUAUCUUGCUAUCGACGAAAUGCAAGUUCUCUGGACAGUUAUUCUUUACCAACAGAUGAUUUCUCAUUGAAAUCGCGAAGUCUUGGUGACCUGGAAGAGAAAGAGGAAGAUGAUGAUGAUCCGUGUAUGAGAAACGAUCCCUUGGACUUGACACUUCGUGAGAUUGGUAAAAGUAUCUACACAAGUAAAAAGUAUUUCUCGAAUACUCCAGUUCCAGCUCUUAACGAUAAUCUUGAUCAAGCCGAGGAAAACAUGAUGGCUCUUUUAGGAAAUCAACAUUAUCAAGAGAUGAAUUUCAUCGAGAGACCACCGACGCGAGAUACUAAUCGAAAAGAAUCAAAUGCUACAUCAUCUCUUGAUUCGAUAAAAAGUAAAUCAUCUGCUCAAGAAUCACAACAACAACAACAAUCAAAUGAUCAUCAACAAACCCAAUCAUCAUCUCCAUCUUUAUCACCAUUAACUCAAUACCAUCAAAUGUUUUUCAUGCAUUGUCGCCAACUUAUUGAUCAAUUGGGCUUCAUGUUUUGGGAGAAACGGCCUCAUGUUGAGCUGCUUAAUAAAAACGAUAAAACUAUUCGUGAACUUAAAAAUUUGGACAAUCAAAAGUGUCGAGAGACUCACAAAAUCGCUGUUAUCUAUGUUGCUGAAGGUCAAGAGGAUAAAAAUUCAAUCCUAUUAAACAAAAGUGCAAGCGCAGGAUUUGAAAAGUUUGUCGCUGGUCUGGGCUGGGAAAUUGACCUGGAGACUCACACAGGAUUUAAAGGAGGCCUUCAGUCUAACAAAAGCACCGGUGUUAGUGCUCCUUAUUAUGCCGACUCUUUUUGUGAGGUCAUUUUUCACGUUUCCACUCGAAUACCUGCCAAAGCAGAAGAAAGCGACUCUUUGAGACGGAAAUUAACUCACCUGGGUAACGAUGAGGUUCACAUUGUUUGGUCUGAACAUUCAAGAGAUUAUCGCCGAGGAAUAAUUCCAACUGAAUUUUGUGACGUUCUAAUCGUCAUUUAUCCACUUUCCAAUUUCCCUGGUUACUAUCGAAUUGACGUCUCACGUAAACCAGAAGUUCCCUUUUUUGGUCCAAUUUACUCUGGAGCGAUAAUUCAUCAUUCAGUUUUAUCUGAUCUAAUUCGAGCCACAGCAAUUAACGCUUCUCGAGCUCAAAGGUUACAAGUUCCCUUUUAUCAGCACUAUUUUGAAGAGCGAGCUCGUUCAAUUGAUACAAUCUACACUUCUCAUCGGGAUUUACGCUCGUUUGAAGAUUACACCUCAGCCAUUUUCUCACCAUCAUCACUCUCCGCUUACUCCACCACCCACAGAAUGUCCUCAGCAUCAUUUCCAUCCUCCUCCUCAUCCAACGUAAUGGGUAACCACCCCACCCAUCACCAUCAUAUUCCCUUUGUCCCAUCAACAACCACCUCAUCUACAGGUCAUCAUCAAAAUCAUGGACACAACAAUCAAGACAAUUUAACUCCACCAGGACAAUCUUCCGAGUCCAACUCAAGUCCACGAUCCAAAUAUCGACCACUAAGCAUGUCCAACAUUGAGCAUAAAUUAACAUCAAAAAUAAUCUCACAAUAAUUUAAUGGUUUAAUUAUCAAAAAGGAAACCACACAAAUAUAAACCCUUUCAUUUAAAUGUCAAUUCAAGUAAUUUAAAUUGUAAUAAUUUUGGUGUAUUCAUUAAUUGUGUGCAUGGUAUUAAUAUGUAAUCACUUGAUAUUUUCACUCCCAGUCCCAAAUUUGAAUGAUUUUGUAAAAACUGAUCCAUUGAAUAUGUCAAAGCAAAAAUGGUUGGAACAAGAAAAGAUUGAUCAAAAUUGAUCAAUUUAAUUAUAUAAUUUUCUUCAUAAUUUUAAUUAUUAAUCCAAAUGAUAAUUGGAAAUGAUUUAUUUUCACCUCUAAUCAAAAUCAUCUACUUAAAUCAGAACAAUCAACUUAAACAAUA